CGAUAGUUCUCCACCUCUAUUAUGAGCAUCAACUACGUAGAAAAUGCCGCCGACGAAAAGUUUGCCCAGGCACACAAAAGCGUCAGCCUCUCCGAUGACGAGGGCAGUGAAGGCAAUGCAGAAACUUCGACUACAUCAUCUGCCCCAAUAGAUGCUGAUCAAGAGGAUGCGGCAGGUGGUGGUGGCGAGAGUGAGACACAGGAGGGCGGCCCUGCAAACACCCAUGUUGUGGCCCAUCAUUACAACGAGCUGAAGGAGGGCGGGCGCAGGGAUCGGCAAAAGUCCAAGAUCUUCUUCAUGCGCAACUUCAACAAUUGGAUGAAAAGCCAGCUGAUCAACGAGUACAUGGCUCUAAUCAAGGAAUCGAAGCGCGUGGGCGAUGCCCUGCGGGUGCUGGAUAUGUGUUGCGGAAAGGGCGGCGACCUGUUGAAGUGGGAGAAGGCCGCCAUUACGCACAUAAUUUGCACUGACAUUGCCGAGGUGUCAGUGGAGCAGUGCCAGCGGCGAUACCAGGAUAUAUUGGAGCGCGCUGAGAAGUCCAAGUACGCCAACAAAUUCACAGCCGAGUUCUUUGCCUGUGACUCAACGCUGGUGCGUCUUCGCGAGCGGUACAAGGAUGUCACCCUGCAGCUGAAUCUAGUUUCCUGCCAGUUUGCAUUUCACUAUUGCUUCGAGUCGCCCGGCCAGGCCGACUGCAUGAUGCGAAAUGCGGCCGAAUGCCUAGAACCAGGCGGCUAUUUUAUAGCCACCAUGCCUGACGCCUUUGAGAUAAUGAGACGAAAGCGCAAAGCCGGUCCAGAUGCCAAAAGCUUUGGCAACGAUGUCUACAACAUUAAAUUUGACUGCGAGACGGAUCCACUGCCGCUGUUCGGAGCGAAAUAUCAGUUUCACUUGGAAGGCGUCGUGGAUUGUCCCGAAUUUCUGGUCCAUUUUCCCACUUUGGUCAAGCUUGGCCGCAAGUAUGGCCUGAAACUGGUGCGGAAGACCACGUUUGCAGACUACUACAAAGAAGUUCUGCCCCAUGGUCGAAAUCUGUUGCAGCGCAUGUCCGGAUUGGAGUCUGUACAGCCUCAGCGCUAUGGCAAUGAUGAACAAUUUGCUCAUGUCUCAGAAUUUCAAGCAUCCCAGCGAGGCAGGCCGCUGGGUACACUCUCAAAAUCCGAGUGGGAAGCAACAACUCUUUAUCUGGUGUGUGCCUUCCAGAAAUGCAAAAAUACCUGGGAUGCCAAUGGCAAACCCUUAUUUGAAUUUGACAACUGAAUGUAGCAACCACUCGCUCUUUCUUUAAUUCUUUCCACAUUAAGGUACUCGAUCGCAUGAACACCAAUUAGCUUAAGGUUCAACCCGCAUGUUGUCCAAUGUAAAACAAAUCUUAGUCUUUUUCAACUGUUUUGUAAAAUGUUUUCACUCAAGAAGGUUGGCCAUAGCAUCAUUUAUAGAAAUCAAUUUAUGCUUUUCU